UUUCUUACGCCACUCACUUCUACCUCUUCAGACUGAUGUUUUCAUUGCAAUGGAGCUGAUGGGAACUUGCGCAGAAAAGCUGAAGAAAAGAAUACAGGGACCCAUCCCAGAGAGCAUUCUUGGCAAAAUGACUGUAGCAAUAGUGAAUGCGCUUUAUUACCUAAAAGAAAAACAUGGCGUUAUACACAGAGAUGUUAAACCUUCAAACAUCUUGUUGGAUGCAAAUGGACAAAUUAAGCUCUGUGACUUUGGCAUCAGUGGCCGGCUUGUGGACUCCAAAGCAAAAACAAGAAGUGCUGGAUGUGCAGCCUAUAUGGCGCCAGAGAGAAUUGAUCCUCCAGAUCCAACAAAACCAGACUAUGAUAUCCGAGCUGAUGUGUGGAGUCUAGGAAUAUCACUGGUAGAAUUAGCUACUGGACAGUUUCCAUAUAAAAAUUGCAAGACUGAUUUUGAGGUUCUUACCAAGGUGCUCCAAGAAGAGCCCCCUGUUCUCCCACUCAACAUGGGAUUCUCUCCCCUAUUCCAGUCCUUCGUCAAAGACUGUCUAACAAAAGAUCACAGAAAGAGGCCAAAGUAUAAUAAGCUGCUGGAACACCCAUUCCUGCGUCAGUAUGAAACGCGUGAGGUAGAUGUGGCCUCAUGGUUUCAGGACGUCAUGGCUCAGACAGAGUCUCCCAGGAGCAGCACCCUUCUGAGUCCCCAAAACCUGCCCUUCUUUAGCAGGUAGCGUCCAGGAGGGAGGGCAGGACUUCCCCCUCCCCUACCAUAACGUGAAGACCUGGCUUGCUAAGACUUUGUAAUGGAAGUCCUUGCAUAAUGUGACAUGUAGAGUUGUGUUUCUGAACAUGUCAUCAGAAAGGAGAUUUUCCUCACAAGGUCUAUAGUUGGAAUUUGCUCUUUUCCUCCUCUUAUCCUAAAACGUUGCACCAUGUGAUGAGGGGGAUUUACUCACAUUAUCCAGAAGACUCCAUAUUGAGAUAUUCCUCACCUCUUGAGUUAAAAGCAGUCCCAUACUGCUCUCUUACCUAUAGACUCUGCAUCAGAGUUGGACCACCCCAUCCAUCUCAGUUUCUGUGGAGGAUAUUUCUGGAUGUUAAUCAUUCAAUCAAACCUUGCAUCAAUUCUUCAGCUACCCCUCUUACAAAGAUUGAAAAUGUCAAGUUGAACAAUUAUGUUUGGCUUGAGAGACUUAAAGUUUGGAGGCCCCUCUCUGCCGGAACUGCUCUUUAAAACCUUUUGCCUUCACAUGCUGAUUUUUAAAUACAGAUCAGUUGUAAGUUUUGUAUGCAUGUUCUGUAAUCCACCCUAAGGUUGUCACUGUUUCCAUUGAAACUCUGAUACUUUUGGGUGGAGAUACCUGUUAAUAGUUCCCUCAUCUGGAAACCAUUGUACCUCACUUACCUCCCGGUAGAUCUUUUCUAGUUUCUUUCCCCCUAUAGACACUUUAUACCAGCACUUUUUUCUAUUUGAUUUCCUUCAUUUUAGAAAGAGUGGCAGCCUUAUUUCUUCCUAAUGUACUUUUAGUACUCGGAUCUUAGGGUGGAGGGAGAAGCCAAAGCCCAGUGUUAGCUCUCUAUUAUAAAACUUUUACAUUUUGAUUUGACUUCAAUUUACAUAUUAUGGCAGCAGUCUGUUUCAAGGGGCAUGUCAUGUUCAUAGUAUUUGUAACAGAAUGCAAAGGUUUAGCAAUCUAUUAAUUUUAUUUUGCCUAAAAUCCAUUUAAUACAACAAAGGUUAUUAUGAACAAGUUUGCACUCAAAAACUAUUGUGUACCUGACAGUCAACUGUAAAAAAAAAUUAGUAAUCCAUUUUGCAAAGGGUAGUAAGAGGGAGUGUGUAAAAAAAGAAAGCUCAUGGACUGAUAUGCUAUUUUACGUAUUGGUUCCAGUUUUUGUAUUCUCAUCUGGUUCGUCACAAUGUAUUUGUUCAGACAGAAGCAUACAAAUAAGAAAUUGUAUCGUAAGAACUGAGUUUGCCACCACCACAGAGAGGUUCAGCAGUAGCAGUGGCAUUUACUGGAAGAUCUUGCUGUACAAGUACAAAAUAGAAAGACAGUUUAUAAAACUACAAAGCAAAGACCUGUAAUCUUAUUUACAUCAGCCUUGCGUGGAAGGUAUGUUACAAAUUACCCAUCAUAAACAAUAGAGAUGCAAGUAUUAGAUUGUUGAAAAACGCUAUUUACAAGUUAAACCUGUGAUUUAAUGUGAAACAACUUUAAGAGCCCAGGUCUCCAUCUUCCCAUCAGUCUACAUAAUGUGGAUGUGUUGGGAAGACUAUAUUUUGGACUUAACACCCAGAACUAGUGAUGUCCUAUAUCAAAUUCCUCAUAUCUGCAUAAGUAACGACAGCAGUGGUGUGCAGCAGCAUUGCAUAAAUAUUUAUUUACUUUUGAUACAACCUGGAAAUGUGUAAAAUAUGAAGAAGGCAGGUGAGGUGAGAUUGGUGUUCUUACCAGUUGUUGCAAAUGAUGGGGAAUACUUACCAGGUAAUGGACUGGAUUAAAUGAUUUUUGGAUGUUCUUUCAAAGUAUUAAGAGUAACACAACAGUUUAUUUAAAAAAGGUUAGUUAGAAUAAAAUUAUGGAUGUUCUGACAGGACAGUGGUUUAUAAAAUAACACUACAGAGCUGUUAAAUGGGUCUAAAUAUGCAGUUUUAAUGCAUUAUAUCCGUUAAUUGACAGAUCAAUAAGCAACUGCCCCUGCCCUAUGUAUGGAUUAGGGCCGUUGGUGGAUGAGUUGCUGGGAGGAGUUAAACAAGACUGUACCAAAGCUAUUGGGUGGGAGAGGUUGUUGGUUCACAGGGGAAUUUCCCACCGGUUUUAGAUGUCUGUAAUUACAUUUUACACAGUGCUGUAGAGAUACACUGCUGUUCUGCAAAUAAGUGUGUGUGUGUGUGCGCGUGUGUUUUUCUAUUUUGUUUUCUCUUUCCUUCUGCUUCAGCGUAUCCUAUCUUCUGUUUCUGUUGCAUGGUGUCCGACUGGCUCCCUGUGGAAGGGCCGCAUUUGAAAUAAACUCUGCUACAAA